CGUAUCCAUAUAUAGAGACCCGAUUUAAGACAGUUUUCUAAUUCCUAAUUCCCCUCGAAUCCCGAUUCCGUACGACAGAGGUACAAUGAGUUCCACGCAGUUCGCCAUGGUUGAGGAGUUAGCUUCCCUUGUUAAGGACAAUCUUCCUUGCAAGCACCUUGUCUUAUCUAUGGAAGAAUCCUUUGUUGAUUUUCUUCAGGAAGAUACGAGUUCAAAUGGGGUGUUGGAGUUGGAGCCAAUGAAUUCUUAUAGUCGUCUUCUUUUACAUCGGCUUGCUGAUAUUUUUGGAUUUUCUCAUCAUUCAGUUGGUGAAGGAGAGGACCGGCACUUAAUUUUGGAGCGAUGCCCUGAGACAUCAAUCCCUUCCAUCCUUGUUAGAGAUUUAUUGUGGCAGUACGGUGAAGUGCAGUCUCCCAAGAAAUUUGAUAUACUAUCACGAAAGCAAGAAGUUUCAGAUGGGUUGCAGGUAGAGAAUCAAGAGAUACUAAAUUUGAAAUUUUCACUUGAGGAGAGAGAAGCAGCGUAUCUCGCUGCCCGUGAGCGGAUAUUUGCAAUUGAUGGAAAUGGGACAGAACAUAUGAGUGAGAGGCCGAGGAAGGAUCUUAAGGUUGCCCGGAGAAUGAUAGAACGUGCACUUGGCCAGAGAAUCAGGCCAUCCAACAAUGAGGUAAACUGCAGAGAUACUGAGCAAAGUGGAAGGCGAACCAUGGAUGGUUGCAAGGAAGAAAGGGGAUCGAAUUCAAAUCCGAAAAAUGUUCAUUCGAAGUCGGGUGGUAAUCCUGGAGGGAGCAAACGGGAUACUGAGAUGAAAAUGCCUAUAAACGAUGGCAUAGGUUCUUUGGGCGAAGAAGCAAAAAACGAUGGCAAGAUUCAGAAAGAAAACUUCAGAGAGCAGCAUGUGGGAGCCGCUAAGAGAAUGUUCGCUAAUGCUCUAGGGUUUUCGAGAGAUGGCAGUCUAUCGAGACAAAGUGAAUCGAAACAUACCAACAGAUUAACCUCACGGUAGACUUUACACAGCAAAGUCCGAUUCUUGCUUUUUGUACUCUGGAGGAGCUCAGCUGGUAUUAUGUAUUUCCAGUCAGUGAUUGACCCGACAAAAACGAAUCACGGUACUUUUGUACUACUCACACUGAUAGCCAUUCGAGAUGUUUGUGCGUGCGUUCAAGGAGAAUGGAGAAGACCAGUGUUAUGCCUUUAUCGUUCAUCUAGUGUUGUGCUGCCCAGGUUCCCGUGGUCGUAUAACUGUUACUAGGUUGGAACUUGGAAGUGAUCGAGGUUGUCCAAUUGUCGGAACUACUGUUUCUUGUCUACCCACAUCUUGUAUUCUUACUGCCCUUCCUUCAAUGGGGAUCAUACAGACUACAGAGCCACAUGCCACCUAUAUUAUGGUUAUGCUUUGUUUCUCUCCUCUCUCUUUUGGCCAUGUAACUGCAAAUUAGGAACAUUAGUUAUGUCAGGUGUAAUUUAGAUCUUAGAAGAAAUAUGGUGUGUAACUAUUUAUGUUAUGAUACCCGGGAUUUAAUUUUGAAAAUGGGAGAUUAUUAUGAAUUAUGAAAUCUUAGAUUGAGCUUUCAAGUGAUUU